AGCUUGGCAUAUGCUGCAGUUCCUUACUCAUCACCGAAUGGAACUGGUAAAGCUCGUCCUGACUUACUAAAGGAAAAGGCUCUGCUCUGCACCACCAGCUCUUCCACCGCACCUGAGAACUUGACCUUGGCACAACUCUUUCUCCAGCCGGUAUCACGACAGACUCUGGCGCUGCUCCAUUGCAGGAUGGCUAUGACUGACGUGCUCAGCGCUGAGGAUAUCAAGAAGGCUGUGGGAGCCUUUUCAGCGGCUGAAUCUUUUAACUACAAGAAGUUUUUCGAGAUGGUAGGACUGAAAAAGAAGAGCCCAGAAGAUGUGAAAAAGGUUUUCCAUAUUCUUGAUAAAGAUCGAAGUGGCUUCAUUGAAGAGGAAGAAUUAAAGUUUGUACUGAAGGGCUUUACUCCAGAUGGAAGAGACCUAUCAGACAAAGAAACGAAAGCUCUUCUGGCUGCUGGAGAUAAGGACGGUGAUGGUAAAAUCGGCGCUGAUGAAUUUGCAACUAUGGUGGCUGAAUCAUAAAGGCUUUGACCAAUGCAAACCCUUCACCCAUCCUUCACUGCCCAAUUCCAACCACCUCCUGCUGACUGCUUUGGCUCCUGUUCUAUUUAUUUAUGUUAUUUUAUACUCCAGCUCUGUUCUCUGCAAUCCUGCAACUCUGUAAUUGUGCUGAAAGACACUGUUAAAAUAAUAAAGGUCACAUCAAUCUGGGCUUUAUUCUCUCUCACUAUAACUUGUUUCUUAUUUCAUGUAGGCUUGGCACACGCUGAGAGAAAAUUUUACUCUUUUUUGCUGACAUCCCUGCUGCUUUAUCCCUAGCUAGGGUAAAGUGGGAAGAAAUUUUAAAAAUUAUUUGGGAUAAAACAUGCAUAUAAUGAGUCAUUCAGUCCAAGUUCUGAACUGUGGCAAAACUGACUGCAUUAUUUUUAAGCCAUCCCUGCUAAAUGGAUGCAUACUCAUAGCCUGGAAAAUCUCUAGUGAUGGCAAUUACCCAACUUCAUUUGGCAGUUUGUUCUUUUGACUUAAUCAGCGUUAUAGCUAAAAAGUAUUUCCUAAUAUUUAACCUACAUCUCCCCUGAUGCAUUUUGGUGAUCAGUAAAUUGAUUCUUGUCUGUAUCAUUUGUUAAAUUUGCCUGGUGCAGGGGGAUUUUUGGAUAAAAGGUUUGACAGGAAUAUCAGUUGGUGCCAAUCAUGCAUGGGGAUAACUUCGUAAACUAUUAAAAAGCGGUCACUUCUGAAACACAGUGUAUGUUUACUAGCAAUGUUACACAACUAUCUAGGACAGGAGGAAUGGAAUACUUGCAACAAACAACAGUAUGAAUUUCAGGAAAGGGGACACCAAGAUUCAGGUGUGAUGCUGCUGUUGACACUCUCACUGUUAAAAUAGUAUAUCAAAAAAUCCCAGCAAAAAACAUUUCUCCUAAAACUUCACCAGAGAAGUGAGUAUCUUUUUUUUGAGUUGCAUAGAAGAAACUGAGACUCAAGCUAAGGAAAUGACUAGCCAACAGUAAGCCUAUGACAGAGCCAAGAGCUAAACACUUGUUUCCCAAAUCCUGUUCAGUAACUUUGGCACCAACCUCAUGCUUUUUAUCUUUUUUAUUUGUUUGUUUGUUUAAGCAAAGAUUAAAGGGGGGGAGGCAGGGGGGAGGGAAUCCUUUUAGACAACAUCUUCCCCACAUCUUGACAGAACAUUGAUUACUACUGCAAUAAAAAGGAAGGAUAUUUGCUGUUUCUAGAUUCCAAACUAUUCCCUGCAGCAAUAAUAGCUUAUUCCAUUCAGAUUUACUAUCACUAAUUUAGUAUAAACAAAAAGAUAAGGCUGAAACCCUGUCACCAUCACAUUGUACAGAAUACCAUUCUCUGCCACAGCAAUUACCCAGUACUACCUGGGAAGCCAAUAUACACUGCCUAAACCAUUCUAGAUUUUCACUCUGUAGUAACUUACAAGGAAGACUUUUUGCUGAAGCUGCUGUGCGUUCAAAAGAAAUGCUUUGGUUUUGCACAAUGUAUAUACGGAUCUGAAGAAUGUAUUGAUUUUUAAGUAUUCUAAAUAAAGCAAAUGAAAACGGA